UUGGGGUUUUCCCAGAGAAACUGGGCGUGGUAGCAACUACCCAAAAGCUCGCCCGCAGGAUAUCUCCUACACAAAGCACCCCAGUCCCGUUAGUGUACACACACGCACGCGGACCCGGUGCAGAUCCAAAGCAGGAGUCAGAACAGCACCUUCCUGAUUUCUAACAGCUCCCCGUUUUCUUACAAAGGAGGAAGAAACAGGCACCUUUAAGGUAGUAAUGGCUCUCCAGAAGACCCUUCCAUUGCUCCUGCUCUUGCUACUGACCCUGCUGGGGCUGGUGCAGCCCUCCUAUGGCCAGUUCAUGUACCAACGAUUCCUACGGCAACAUGUAGACUCUACAGGGAGAGGUGGCACCAACUUGUACUGCAACACGAUGAUGCAAAUACGGGGGAUGACUUCGCGUGGUUGCAAGGAAUUCAACACCUUCAUCCAUGAAGACAUCGAGACCAUUAUUAGCAUCUGCAGCACCCCCAAUAUCCGAUGCAAGAAUGGCAAGAUGAACUGCCAUGAGGGUGUAGUAAGAGUCACAGACUGCAAAUAUACAGGAAGUUCCAAGGCCCCCUACUGCUCAUACAGGGCGAUUAUGGGACUUUACCAGCCCCCCACAUGCAAUUAUCAGGCCACAGCCAGCACUAGGCGUGUGGUCAUUGCCUGUGAGGGUAAACCCCUGGUGCCUGUGCACUUGGACAGCUAGAUGCUACCCUGAAGGGGUUAUGACCCCAUGGUUGACCUUUAACUUACUCCUUGAAUAGCAAUGUGUUACGCAUUUGAGCUAUCUCAGGCUCUGCCUCCUCUGCUUACCUGGUAACACUCCCUUUUCUCUAUAUAAUCCAUUCUGUUAAAUGCAUCAAAGAGAAAUGGAGACAAACCUAUAAUGGGACUGGGCUUUUCUGUAAUAAAAUUUUCUACAAACUUCUAUUUCCUUUUAUAAUACUGGUCAGCUUAAUCCUCUCAAGUCCUAUUUUCUGGAAUGUAAUCAUUAUACAUAUGAUAUAGCAUUUCAAGUAUUUUAAGGUGCUUCCAUCUCAGUUAUCUCAUUUUAAUACCACACACUCCUGUGAUAUUGAUGUUGCCACAUAUAGGGCCCAAAGUUAAAGGAUUUGCUAACAACCAUGAAGUUAGUGGAAAAGCUGAAGCAAAAAAAUCCAUUUCAACUGCCUACUAAUCCAGUUUUUUCUACUUCAUCACAAGGAGUGUUUUGAAAGUAUCUGCUUUUUGGUAUUCCCAGCAGCCAGCUGUUGGAGGAAAAGCAUUAAAAAUUUAGAAAUAUAACCUGGGAAAAUGAGAGCUCUGACUGUAAAAUUUGGCAACCUUGUUAUGUUUGGGUCUAAGAUUAUGACACAGGGAACUUUCUUUUUCUCUUCCCAAACUUCUGAAUCACUGUAGUAGAAGGAGUAUUAACUGUGCACUAGAUCAUUCAGACUCACUCUUUCUGACUGGUAAGGUUAUUCAUGUUUCCUGUGUAAUAAAGAACUCAAAUA